GCGCGGCCGCCCGAGCCAGAUAGUGCAACAUGCCUAAAAAGAAGACUGGUGCUCGUAAGAAAGCUGAGAACCGUCGGGAACGCGAGAAGCAGAUAAGGGCUUCACGAGCCAACAUAGACUUGGCCAAACAUCCUUGUAAUGCUUCAAUGGAAUGUGAUAAGUGCCAAAGACGACAGAAGAAUAGAGCUUUUUGUUACUUCUGUAAUUCAGUUCAGAAAUUGCCCAUUUGUGCACAAUGUGGAAAAACCAAAUGCAUGAUGAAGUCUUCAGACUGUGUUAUAAAACACGCUGGUGUGUACAGUACUGGACUAGCUAUGGUGGGUGCAAUCUGUGAUUUCUGUGAAGCCUGGGUGUGCCACGGGAGGAAGUGUCUCAGCACCCAUGCAUGUAUGUGCCCUCUGGCAGAUGCAGAAUGCAUUGAGUGUGAAAGAAGUGUCUGGGACCAUGGAGGCAGAAUAUUUGCCUGCUCUUUUUGCCAUGAUUUCCUCUGUGAAGAUGAUCAGUUUGAACAUCAAGCCAGCUGCCAAGUUUUGGAAGCAGAGACAUUUAAAUGUGUCUCCUGUAACAGGCUGGGGCAGCAUUCCUGCCUGCGUUGUAAGGCUUGUUUUUGUGACGAUCACGUGCGAAGUAAGGUAUUCAAGCAGGAAAAAGGGAAAAAGCCUCCUUGCCCUAAAUGUGGCCAUGAAACUCAGCAGACAAAGGAUCUGAGCAUGUCAACACGCUCUUUAAAGUUUGGCCGACAGACUGGAGGAGAAGAUGCAGAUGGAGCUUCUGGUUAUGAUUCCUACUGGAAAAACCUUUCCUCCAGCAAGACUGGGGAUGCAGGUGACCGUGAGGAUGAAUAUGAAGAGUAUGAGGCAGAAGAUGAUGAUGAAGAUGAGAAUGAUGAGCGAGGCAAAGAUUCAGAUUCUGAGGCCACAGAUGUAUUCAGCAAUUUGAAUUUAGGAAGGACCUAUGCUAGUGGGUAUGCACAUUAUGAGGAAUCAGAAGAUUAAUCUUAGCAUGCUGGCAAGCUAAAAACAUUUGGAAGGAGCCAAGCAAUGCUUCACUGAGUUGUGUACAUGCCAGUAAGAUAGCUCUAUCAGGUACUUACAUAUCAGAGUUAGAGAGUAAAGAGUGUGGCACUUCUGCAGUAACUCUAAGGGACAUUUUUCCUGUGUAUGAACUGACGUUGGGUUUGGGACUGGGGGAGAAAAUGGGAUAUUUUCAUUCCCAUAAAGAGCAGAAUGGUUUUGUCCUUGAGUAUAAUGGUUCAAUGACAGUUUCUCCUAUCAACACAGGAAUGUGGGAAAGCUGUAGAACUUGCUUUCAUUUGCCCAUCAGAAAUUAAGUUAUUUUUUACAAUAUUUUUUGUUAACUGAUUUCAUACAUUAAUGCAGUGGUGGGUUGGUGACUGCAUCUUUUUUGGUCUGCACAAUAAAAGUCAACUGCAUUCUCUAAUGAACUGUCAUAAAUAUUGAUCUCCCUUGAGUAGCUGGAA